AUGUUCAUGAUCACAUAUGAAGCAUCCAGCAUCCUGAAAAGGUUCCAUCAGAUUGAGAUGACAGAGUUACCUCCUGAACACCCCAAGGCCAAGGAUGAAAAGAGGAUCUGCAGGUACUUCAACACUCCUGGCAGAUGUUGGCGUGGAAUACAUUGCCCAUACAAACAUAUUGAACAUACUUCAGGCAUCACUCAGGACCAGGAGCCUGUUGUAGCCCUGGAGGAUGACCAGACGGAGCUGCUGCCAGACGAGGGAUGCAUGGUUGCUGUGGAGGUCACCAGCAUCCUCAGUCCACGGCACUUCUAUCUCACCCUUCCCUUCGGUGGCAAACCCAUCGAACAGCUCAAAGAACAACAGAAAGGAGUUGAUGAUGAAGGCUAUGAAGAAACCUUGGAGGACCUCAUCAGAAGCAUGAAUGUCCACUACAAGAACAAGUCCUUCAGUGACCGAGACAUCACGCUGCUGGCACCGGGCCAGGCGAUCGCAGCCAAGUUCAACAAUGGAGAUGUGAUUGGCUGGUACAGGGCAAAGGUCACUGACACCUCACCAGAAGAUGAAAAAGUGGAGGUGUUUUUUGUUGACUUCGGCCACACAGAGUGGGUGAGCGAACGCGACAUCCAGACCUUGGAGGACCAGUUCCUCCACCUCACCCCCCAGGCUGUUGAAUGUUUCCUGGUGGACACUGACCCAGCCGGACAGGAGGGUCAGUGGACGGAGGAGUCCAGGACCUGUUUCCGCGAGCUGGUUGAUGGGAAAACGUUGGUAGCCCUGAUCAGGAUGAAAUCGUGGAGUGGCUGUCUUCACGUGGAUCUAUACGACACAACAGGAAACAUCGACAUCAACAUCGCGGAGGAGUUAGUGAAGGCCAAACAUGCUCAGAGACCUUUUGUUGAACUGCCUGUCAAAGCCAAACCGCGAGGAAACUCACCCAUCACUUACGUCCCAGGUUAACAACAUAUCAAGCCAGGUUUCACAUGUUCAAUGUUCAAGGAGCGAUCUCAAGGAGUGAUUUCCAUUAAGCCGUAACUUUUAGGGGUGAAACGGUAUACUGCGGUAUUAGUAGAACCGCGGUAUUUUGCCUUUGGUUUGGUAUA